GCGUCAUUUACACGCGCUCCACUCAAACGGUUACGCUUCGCGUAAACCGCCCCCUUAAUGGCAAACUCUUCCACUUCUUCCACUUCUCAAAGCCAUUCAGAGAAAAAGCAACCCUUCCAUUUUCGAGCAACGUUCGAAACUCAAGAUAUACAACUCGUCGCUAACAUUCGAAAACUCCAUCAACACACCAUAGAACUCUCGAUCAAGAAUUUCCAGAGAAAACAAAGCUAUAAUACUCAAGAGAAAAUGGCAGCAAGAAACCAACCUGAAAGAAAUCAAACCAAAGACCUCAAGUGUGCAACACAUCUCCUAAGUGAUAAAUUUAGAAACAUGAGUGAGGAGAAGAAAACGAUUGUGAGGGAUUUGGGAUUCGGUGGCUUGAUGCACAUCCCACCACUAAGGGUGCAUCACCAAGUGUUAAGGGAGCUGGCUAACAACUUCAAAUUGGGGGAGAACAGACUGAAAACCGGAUACGGUUCUUUUAAAAUAACCCCAAGAAAAAUAGGUCAUGCGCUUGGCAUCAACGCAACAGGUAACUCGCUAAAAAUUAUAGGUGUAUAUUAACUGAUGCUUGGGUGUCUUUAAGUUGAUGCUUGGAUGUAUUUGAACCGAUUUUGAUACUUUGUUGUUUUCCUUUUUGUAGGAGAUCUAUUUCCUUAGAAAGUCAAUUAUAAGAA